GGAACAGCAUCAGUUCCAACGGUCUCUUCGUACAGCUAAGUAGUCUCAUCCUUAGAAACCACACAUAGAUCAUCAGAGCAAAAUGAAACUCUUCAUUGCCGCCACUCUUGCCUUGAUCGCCGUCGCUUCGGCUGAUGUUAGCCACUUGUCGAGGUCAUACCUGCCACCUGCCCCAGCUCCAGCUCCACAAUACUUGCCACCCUCCAGCAACUAUGGUGCACCAUCUUACUCCUCAGGUGGCAUCGGCGGCGGUUCAUACUCGUCGGGUGGAUCCCUUGGUGGCUCAUACUCGUCGGGUGGUUCCCUCGGUGGGUCAUACUCCUCAGGCGGUUCCCUAGGUAACUCAUACUCGUCGGGUGGUUCGCUCGGUAGUGGAUACUCGUCGGGUGGUGCCCUUGGUGGCUCAUACUCUUCAGGUGGAUCCCUGGGUAACUCAUACUCUUCAGGCGGUUCCCUUGGUGGCUCGUACUCUUCAGGUGGGUCGCUAGGUGGCUCAUACUCAUCCGGAGGUGCUGGUGGUUCAUACUCAUCGGGUGGUGGUUCCUCAUAUUCUGCCCCAUCAAAUGAAUACUUGCCACCUGUGCAAAGCUACUCACCACCAGCUCCAGUCUACUCUGCUCCCGCACCCGCUCCAGUCUACUCGGCUCCAUCAUACUCCUCAGGUGGUAGUGGUAUCAGUUACUCCAGCGGCGGUGAUGGUGGUUCUUACUCUAGCGGUGGCUCAUACUCAAGCGGUGGCUCUUCUGGAUACUCUGGUCCAUCUAACACGUACUUGGCUCCAGCGGCGCCCAGCUACUCAGUGGGAGGUCCUUCAUACUCGUCGGGUGGUUCCUCUUACUCAUCGGGUGGUUCAUCGUACUCUGGCGGCGAUGUUGGUACCCAGUAUGCUUCGAACGGUGGAUACAUCUACAAAAAGAAGUAAAUCGAUUGGAACUGUGAUUAGUUAAACUGUGUUUGUGCUGUUUAUGAGGUCCUUAGCAGAAACAGUGUUUACCGUUAAAUUGCUGAAGGUACUUCAUACUUACAAGUUAAAA